AAGGCGCAGCAACAGCUGUGACAAGGAAAAGAAAAGGAAAAAAGAGAGAAAAAAGCGAAUGAUUUUUGCUACGGAAUUUCUUUGACAACGUAUGGAAAACAAUUUGCUGCAAUAAAAAAUAAAAACCAAAAGACGGCCGGUUUGCGUUUAAAAUAAUGACAACUGUGUAAAGUUGAAAGUAGCAAGAAGGUUAGUGUUGAGUUAUGAACAAUCCGAACUAUGGCGGCAUCCAGUGGAUACAGCAGGAAAGCAGCGCCGUCGUCGACGACAGCGAAUCAGAGAUGACAGCAGCAUAUUUGGUCAACGCUGACGCCAAUGGAAGCAUUUCCAACGAUGACGAUCUCGAUCAUAUGGCAGCCGAGAAUCUCAUCUUUAUGGCACGCGACGGCCAACUGAGCGAAAUCAUCGCCGCCAAUGAGGCAAAUGGCGGCAGCAGCACAGUGCUAAUCACGGAGAGCGAUGGAAAUACCGGUGUCGAGUACGCCGAGUCCUUUGAAGAUGAUGCCCAAGUCGUCACCGAGGAGAUCAUCACGGAUGAUUGGGUACAGCAUCAGGGUGCAGAGAGAGUGGAAAUUGCCGCUGAGCAAAUCGCUGGCAACGGCAGCUCGCAGGAGCUAUUGGACAUGCAACAGAAUGAGUAUAUGGCGAUGCGUCCCUAUCCCUGUGACUUUUGCAGUCGACGGUUUCGGAAGAAGGCCAGCCUCAACAAUCAUAUGCUGGCGCAUCAGAAUGAUCGUCCCCAUCUCUGCAAGCUCUGCGGGGCGCGUUUCUCGCGUCGCGCGGAGCUCAUCAGUCACUUCAAGGCGCAUGCGGAGGCCCAGGUGGCCGCCGAUGAAGAGGCAGCUGCGGCAGCCAUCAAAUUUGAGCCACAACAGCAGCUACAACAACAGCAGCAGCGACAAAUUGAGGAUAAUUUCUAUGAGCAGGAAUGGCCGCUGUAUCAGGAUCAGGAACAGGAGCAGCAGCAGGUAGAGGAUCAGCUGGAGCAGAUCGAGGAGGAGCAGCAGCACCAGCAGCAGUUGGAACAGCAUCAGCAGCUCUUGCAACAAUUGGUGGCACCACCAACCGCUGCCCGGGGACGCACCAGUCGCUUAAAGCUCAAGGAGGAGAGUUCGCAAUAUAUUGUGAUUGGCUCCGAUAAACCGGAGGCGGAGACGGAGACGGAGUUGCCUCAAUACAUGCAUUGCGAGGCGAAUUGCGAUCAAUCACUUGCCACCAACAACAACCAACUCCAAUCAACAUCCAACAAUGAUGUUGCAACUGCUGCUAAUGAUGGAGCACAGGGGCAGGGGCAGGGGCAGGCAACGCUGCGCUUUCCCGUGCUCGACGAGAGCAAACCCUUCGUCUGUCAGCAGUGCGGAUUGGCCUUUGCCCGCGAGAAGGCGCUCGUCUCCCACAUCAAGAAUCAUCGCGUGGAUUCGCCGUUUGAAUGCAAUCAGUGCCAGGAGAUGUUCUGGGACAACUACAGUCUGCAGGAGCAUCAGAAGACGCAUCAGUUCGAGGAGAGCAACUCGGAAUAUGAUCCGGCAUCGGCGGGCGAGGAGGAUACGGCGAGCGAAUCGGAGGCGGACCAGCUUUACGGUAAUUUCUACUGCGGUGAAUGUGGCAUCUCCUUUCACCGACAGGAUUUGUUGCGGCGCCACAGCAAACAGCAGCACAGUAAGCAUCUGCCUGCAACAACAGCUGGUAACAACAACAACAACAACAGUGUGGCAACUGCAACAGCAACGGAUGCCGCUGCAGCUCCAAGUGAUGCCGAUGCUGAUGAUGCCAAAGAUGCGCCACAUUGUUGCCACACCUGCGGCAAAUCAUUUCUCAGCGUACUCAAACUGCUCGCCCAUACCGAAAUCCACAAACGCUUCCCGCCAUUCAAAUGUGUCCUGUGCGGUGUCAGUUUCUACGAGGAGCAGGCCAUAAAGCGGCACCUGAAUACGCGGCAUCCGCAUGAGCUGAAGCCCAAUUCGUGUGUGUUGUGUGGCAAGGAGUGUCGAGAUCGGAAGGCGCUGAUCAAACAUGCUUGGGAUCAUUCACGGGAGAAGUGCCACUCGUGUUCCAAGUGUGGCAAGAAUUUCCACAACAAGGCGCGCCUGAAACGACACAUGGCAUCGCAUCGCGACAAGUCCGUCGUGUGCGAAGUGUGCCACGAGGAGUUCCCAGAUGGACGCACCUUGUCCAAUCAUCGGCAUUCCCACAGCACAACGUCGCCGGGCAAACUGUUCCCCUGCCACGAGUGUGGCAAGACUUUUGGGUCGCGCAGCUCGCAACAGAUUCAUGUGCGCAUCCAUACGGGUGAAAGGCCCUACGGUUGUCGCUACUGCUGGAAGGCCUUCGCUGAUGGUGGCACUCUCCGCAAACACGAACGCAUCCACACGGGCGAGAAGCCCUAUGCCUGCUCCGUCUGUCCGCGUGCCUUUAAUCAGCGUGUCGUGUUGCGGGAACACAUCCGGUCGCAUCAUUCCGGUCUGGAUGCGGCACGUGGCACGUAUCACUGCACGGUCUGCUCCGCAGAUUUGAGCUCAUCGAAUGACCUCAUCCAGCAUCUCAUCCAGCACAGUGAUACAAACACAGCCAAACAGCGACAGCCAAUUACCGGUCCACGUAAAUAUAAACGUCGCCGGAAACUGCAGCCGCAUGAGAUUGCACACAUGCGCGCAGAGCACAAGGCUGGCGGUGGUGAAGGCGAGGAGGAGGAUUAUGGCAGCGACUUGGACUACUGCGAUCUGGAUGUAGAGAAUGUGGAUGAACUGUUGCAGGAGACAGCCGCAGAGCCACCACCACCAGCCACCAAAAAAGCGAAACGCAAACGCAAAGCGCCAAAUAAAACCGGCGAUGAGCAAAGAUUGUGGGAUGAGAAAUUCAUGCAGCAGGCGAGCAAUGGGAACAGCGAUGAGGCCUACAAGAGUUUCUUUCAAAUGGACUCGCUGGUCGUGGUCAAUGAUCAAACGUUGCAGCCCGUUGAUGCUGGUGUUGCCACGACCAAGUUGCAGCAGGCGGAGAUUAAGGAGCAAAAACUCAAAACAGGCAGUCGCACCAGCAAAAGAAGGGCAGGCAAAUCUGGGGGAGGAGCAGCAGGAGGAACAGCAGGAGUAGUAGAAACUGUUGCUGCUCCACGUCCCCGCAUGAUACACACAGCCAAGUCGCAGCAGACACCGCCAAGAAAAUCCCGCACAAGGAGUUAUGUCACACGCACCAGCAUAAAUGAGCAGCAGCAGCAACAGCAUCAGCAGCAGCAUCAGCAGCCAGGAGGAGGAGGAGCAAGCCUCAUUAAAUCGCGCAUUGUGGAUGACUACGAGAUCAUCUCACCGGCCACACAGCCACCCAAUCAGAUCAGCUCCAGUCCGUUGCACAUCAAACAGGAGCAGGAACAUCAACAGCAUCAUCAGCAACAGCAGCAGCAACAGCAACACCAACGAGUUCAACUGCUCUUCGAUGACAGCCAUCUGCUCAUCGAUGCGGGCCUGUUGCGCGAGAAGACCUAUGAGAAAUAUAAUCCGAGCAUUGUCCAAGAUCUCGAGGAGAUAUUGCGUAGUCCCCCCAAACAUGAGCGAAACGAUCGACGGCUGCGCUUCACCAGCGAAUCGUCGACGACGCCACAAUUUCUGCCCGGCGAGGAGGAGGAACAUCAUCUCAUCAAGAUCGAGCCAACGUCACCGGAUCUACGCGAAAUGGUCGAGAGCCAGCAGCCAGCCACACUGCCCACAUCCUCCUCUGCCGCCUGCUCAACGGCGGCACGCACUUCCCGCCAUCUGCGACAGCUGACUGCCAAUGGUUCCAGUUCCAUUUCCACUGCCACUUCCAGUUUCAGUUCCAGUGGCGCCGCCAGCACGCGAGCGGCUGCCAAGCGCAAUGCCAGCAAGCAGCGUGCCAAGAAAUCCACAUCCAAUAGCAGCAAAGCCAACUCAUCAUCGUCUUAUCUCAGCUAUGGCGUCGACUCCUAUAAUGUGGGCGUGGCAGCCAGUUCCAAUGGCUCCUCGGAUGUCACUUCCGGUUUCUUUUCCAUUUCCGAGGUCGUCUCGGCAGCGGAUGCAGCCGAUGCAGCUGCGAAGGCGGCGGCGGCAGCAGCUAGCAAAACGGAGCGAAGAACGCGCUGCUUUGAGUGCGAAAUGUGCUCGUCCAAUUUUCCAGAUCGCUCACAGCUGCUGGAACACAUGCACAUACACAUCUAGAUGUGGAGACUGAAAAGUGGAAAAUGAUUCAUUUCUUGGAAAUGGAGCGAGAGGAACUCGCUCGCGUGAAAUGUGCCCUUCCAGCUGCUGGAAUGAAUGAAUAUACACAUGUAGAAGUGAACUGGAAAGUGGAAAGGGAGAUGUGAUUGGAAGUAUUUUUUAAAUCUGUGCGAGAAAUGUGCGCUUCCAAUUUUCCAGACUACAUACAUCUAGUAGAGGCGGGGAAAUGGAAAAUGGAAAGGGUUAUUUGUUAUUGAAGUGCUCUUCCAAUUUUCCAGAUCGCACGUCGAAAAGAAACAGUCGAAAGGGGAAAGCUCCUGGAACUGGAAAGGGUCAUUUGUUAUUGGAAGUGCUUUUGCAUAUAGUUAAAUCAGUGGAAAGUGAGAGAUAGCUAUUGGAAAUGGAGCGAGAUGAACUUACAGCUGCUGGAACAUAUACAUGUAGAUAUCUAGUGGAUCAGUGGAAAGCGGAAAGUGGGAAUUUCUGAUUGGAAGUACUUUUGCUAUAAGUGUGAGUUGUGUGCUUCCAGUUUUCCAGGUAUACAUCUAGCAAUGCAGAGGAAAGUAGAAAUUUAUUAUUGGAACUGGUCACAAAGCACAGUAACAAAUACCUUUCCAUACUAAAAACUAUGCUAUAAAAAUUAUUGAUAAAAAAAAACA